AUGCUAGUGAUACGAUUACGGCUAGUGAUGCUACUAGAGCUAGUAAAUAGAGUUAAUAACAAAACUAGGGUUACUAACGAAACGAAGAAUAAUAACAAAGUUAAAGCUACCGAUGAAACUAAGCCUGAUGACAAAAAUAAAGUUAUUAGUGCAACUAAAGCUAAUAAUAAAGCUAAAAUUAUUAAUGCAAUUAAAGCUAAUAAUAAAAUUGAGACUACCAAUUCAGCUAAGCCUAAUAAUAAAAUUGGGAAUAUUAAUGCAACUAAGGCUAAUAAUAAAACUGAGACCAAUAUUAAAACUGAGCCUAAUAAUAAAACUAAAGCUAAUAAUGAAACUAUGCCUAACAAGAACAUCAUAUAUUCUGAACAACCCGACCCUAAUAUGCCAAGUACUUAUAUGAGAGCAGCUAGAAUAAGUGAUAGUAUGCCUAGCAAUUUUAAGGGUCGUAACAAAGUUGAAGUUAAGGAUGUUCUUGUAGUAGGACAAGAUAUAGCUGAAGUUGGUGAUCAUAUUCAUCGGAUAGCUUUAAUUAACAAUGGUAUGAGGAUAAAAGAAAGGACAACUAAUGCUACACUUACUGAUAAAUUAGAUAAUAAAAAUAACAUUGAUCCAUCAGCGAAAACCAAAAACCAAUUAAAAAAUACCACCAACAAUACAAACACCGAUAUUACAAAAUAUUAUUCACAAACGAAAAACACAAACACCAAUAAUAAUGUUCCGCGAACAUACGACACGAAACGUUACAACAACUCUUCUACUGAUGAAGGUGGAAGUUACUAUAGCUAUCUAUUAGUCAUUUUCGUCCUCAUUUUGGGGCGAUUAUGGAGUUUUUGA